GUGGCCGGCGCCGGAGGAGGCCCAGGGUCUUCCCUGGGGCCCCGGCCGGGCUGCGGACCGCCCCGCGCGUGUCUGUGUCGAGGCCCUUUGGCCGCUUUGGGCCGGGAUGGGUCGCUCGGGCGGCGGGGGCGGGGCCGAGAGGAGGGGUGGGUCCCGGGUGGGGUCCUGGCUGCGGCGGAGGUGUUCGGAGUCCCCGGCUUCAGGGGCGAGGGACUAGCUGGCCGGUCCCUUCAGAGACGGGAGCCAGCCUGCGUGCGUCGUCCCCUGCUUUGAUGGGACGCCCGCGGUUUAGGGUGGGGAAGGCCGAGGCCCCGCCGUGGAGUCUUUUCUGGAGCCUCACCGUUUUGAGGGGCUUCUGUCCCGAAAGGAUGCAGAACUGCCUUCAGAGGGACUGGCUGUUCACACAAGAAGUCAGAGGAGGAGGGAGUGACCGCUGGGCUCCUUACUGCCAGGGCCCUGACUUGGAAACUAGACCCAAAACCAAAGUGUCAGCCAGGCAAGACAUAACUGAAGAAAUACCCAAUAGUAUCCUGGUUGGAAAGUUCCUGUGGGAUAGUCUGUGGUAUUCUGAGAGUGAAGGUCCUGAGGGCCACUGGGGACGGAGAUGUGCGAGCCCAGAUAACCAUGUGGUACAGAAGGCCUUCAUGCCUGUGAAGACACCCGUUUGGGGGCAGCAGCAGGAAAAUGGGUUUUGGGAAAAUUUGAAUCUGAGCUCCAAUCUUCCAACUCAACCAGUGACUCCUGAUAGACUACACUCCCACAUGUGGGGAACACACAGAAAAAGGGUAAAUCCAGACUCAAAGUUAAAAGCUCAACAGAAAACCUAUGAAAAAGAGAAACACUACAAAUGUCAGGAAUGUGGAAAGGCCUUUAGUCAUACCUCAGCACUCAUUGAACACCACCGAACGCAUACGGGAGAGAGACCUUAUGAAUGUCAUGAAUGUGGAAAAGGCUUUCGAAACAGCUCAGCACUUACCAAACAUCAGAGAAUCCACACUGGCGAGAAACCUUAUAAGUGCACUCAGUGUGGGAGAACCUUCAACCAAAUUGCCCCACUGAUCCAACACCAGAGAACUCACACAGGUGAGAAGCCCUAUGAAUGCAGUGAGUGUGGGAAGUCCUUCAGUUUUAGGUCAUCCUUCAGUCAACAUGAGCGGACUCACACGGGUGAGAAGCCCUAUGAGUGCAGCGAAUGUGGGAAAGCUUUCCGGCAAAGUAUCCACCUCACCCAGCACCUGCGGAUCCACACGGGGGAGAAACCUUAUCGUUGUGGAGAGUGUGGCAAGGCCUUCAGCCACAGUUCCUCCUUGACUAAACACCAGCGAAUACACACUGGGGAGAAACCCUAUGAGUGCCAUGAGUGUGGAAAAGCCUUCACUCAGAUCACACCAUUGAUUCAGCAUCAGAGGACACAUACGGGAGAGAAGCCCUAUGAAUGCAGUGAAUGCGGGAAAGCCUUCAGCCAGAGCACACUGCUGACUGAGCACCGGAGGAUUCACACAGGAGAAAAGCCCUAUGGAUGCAACGAGUGUGGGAAAACCUUCAGUCACAGCUCAUCCCUCAGCCAGCAUGAGCGGACGCAUACAGGAGAGAAGCCCUAUGAGUGCAGUCAGUGCGGGAAGGCCUUCAGGCAGAGCACACACCUCACUCAGCAUCAGAGAAUCCACACAGGUGAGAAACCUUAUGAGUGUGGCGACUGUGGCAAGGCCUUCAGCCACAGCUCAUCCCUAACUAAACAUCAGCGAAUCCACACUGGGGAGAAGCCCUAUGAGUGUAAUGAAUGUGGCAGAGCCUUCAGCCAGCUUGCUCCACUCAUUCAGCAUCAGAGGAUCCACACAGGAGAAAAGCCCUAUGAAUGUAAUGAGUGUGGCAGAGCCUUCAGCCAGAGCUCCCUUCUCAUAGAACACCAGAGGAUUCACACCAAGGAAAAGCCCUAUGGGUGCAAUGAGUGUGGGAAAUCCUUCAGUCACAGCUCAUCACUUAGCCAGCAUGAAAGGACACAUACUGGGGAAAAGCCUUAUGAAUGUCAGGAUUGUGGAAAGUCCUUCAGGCAGAGCACCCACCUCACUCAACACCGGAGGAUCCACACAGGAGAGAAGCCAUAUGAGUGCAGGGACUGUGGGAAAGCUUUCACACACAGCUCCUCCCUUACCAAGCACCAGAGAACUCAUACUGGAUAGACCCAUUCCACAUGUGCUGGGAGAGGGGAAAGCCUUAAGCUAUAGCUCAUCCCUUACUAGAAUUUACCCAGUCAUACUCAUGAGAAACACAUAUUUAUACACAAGCCUUCAUACACAGUACACUCUGCUCAGACAUCCAGUGUUCAUAGUGAUGGAAAUUGUGGGAAUACGGAGCUCUAAAUCAUCCAUCCCAAUAUCCGAUCAUCCAAAGAAAUGUAGAGCUAAUGUUGAGUUCCUUCAGCCAUGAGUGCCCACUAAUGCUGUUUUAGAAACUGCAAGAGAGAGGUAGAAAAAAGUGUAGUGGGUCUGGAAAUAUGGCUUCUGUCCAAGGAUUCACUAUAUUCCAAACUAGAGAUUUUCAAAGUGGUGAGAAACCCAACAAAUGCCUUUCAUAUGAAAGAACCAAAUGCAGCCGGAAUUUAUCAUUGCACAUUACGUCUUGGAGAACAGGGGGAAGUGCUUAUCAGUGGUGCAAAUUGACUCUGAUGUUCCCUAAAAACAAUAUGGCAGUGUUCUAAAUAAGGGAGUGGUAUCUUUAUGGAAUUACCAUACUCAACUGUUUCAGCACAAAGUUCUCUGUGUGUAAACUGAUCAAGAUACGUGGCAAUCAGUGUUACAGAUUUGAAUUCUAUAUGACUGUACUAUAAGCAUUCUUAAUUAUCUGCAUUACUUUUUAAUA